UUAUUAUUGUAUCACAACAGAACAGUUUAAAACGACACCACUGACAGCCUGCAAAAUCAUAACAGACCCGUGCGAAUAGAUUUUGACCUGGGGUCACUAUUUACUAUUUAGUAUUUAUUGUUCAAAGUUCUAAGAGUGACCAAAUAGAAAAAUGACAGCCACGAAGGACUCCGAUACAUUCUCAGAAGGUAAAAAAACAUAUUAUAAGGAAAACUAUACACCUAUCGUGUUAUUUGUGGCAGUUUUAUCCCUAAAUGUUUUCUCAUUUUCACAUUUCCUUAAACUAGGGGAACAUUUGAAAGGGAAAGUGUACUUUGGAGAACAAAUCGAAUACAUGGAUAAAUAUAAAUACUGUUUUUUUACAUUAUGGACCUUUAUUUUCCAACUAGUCUUUAUGAUAGUAGCUAUUAUGGACGAAGCAGCAAAAUUAAUGAAACUACCCAUUUCUACUCAGAAUAAACUAAGCAAAACCAGAGCUGUGAUGUUUAAUACUGUGCUAUUUCCAUCUACUUUAGUGGUAGUCUCAAUAUUUUGGACACUGUGGCACAUAGACAGAGAACUGGUCUUUCCAAAAGUUCUAGAUCUCUUCUUUCCACAGUGGCUUAACCACAUGCUACACACUUUCAUACUCUUGCCAGUUAUCAUUGAAAUAAUGUUGCCGAAGAAACACAAUUUUGUGAAAUUCCAAAAAGCAGCUCCAGCGUUGGCUCUUUUGUUUUUAAGUUACACGAUUUUAUACUUUUCGCUGUACUUCCGUCAUGGUGUGUGGCUAUAUCCAGUGUACAAAGUCUUAACAUGGCCACAGAGACUUCUCUUUAGCGCGGCUCAACUUUGUGGGGCCUUGGGAUACCAAAAAUUAGGAAUAGUAUUACAAAAUUCCAAAAGGUCGCAAAACAAACAAAAAGUUAAAUAACGUUAGCUGUUUGUUGAAUUUUAUCUAAAAAAUUAUUUAUAUCAUCUUUUUUAUAUAUUUUUAUAGAAUAAAAUGUUUUAUUAUCAUA